UGGAUUGUUGGAGGGGCGGGGCCAGAGGAAAAGGGAGGGAAAUGAGGAGAGACGGACCGCGGAGAGAAGUGGAAAGAUGUCCGAGCAAACUUUAAAAUAACUUGAUGAAACAGUAUUAUUUACCGUUAUCAACAGGGAGAUUAUACGAGUGUUUAGUUGUGUAGCUGAACGUGUUUUAGAGGUGAGGGCUCGUUACUGGCGCUAACUGAAGACAAGGAUUGGAAUUUUUGCUAGCAGUUAGCAUCGCCAGUUGCUAAUCAGGAGACGCAGCGGACAUUGGACGUUGCCAGGAGCUGGUUCAGGACCGAGCAUCAGGACGGGUCUCUUGGUCACGUCGCUGCCUCUGGGAAGAAGUUUUGGAGGACAUUGCUGGAUUGCUUUUCCUGGUUCGGAUUUCCCAGCCCGGGUUCAUCCGGUUCUGCUCGACCCGAACUCUGCUGCCUCAGAGUCAGGCAACAUUCAGACUCUCUUCAGCUCAACUCCGACACUGACAGUGAAGCUAUGUUCAUGGACUCAAGCUUACACAAAACAUUCAGCUGUGGAGAAGACUGCCAACAUCACAUGAUCUGGUCUCGCCGGGCUCAUCAAGCGAGAGCUCCUCUCCAAAGUAACUGGGCUGUUCAUCCUCAUGGUUGAUGAAAGCCUGAACAAAAUAAAAGAAAGCAACUGGAUCUGCACAUUCGUUUCUGGGAUGGGAAGCAGGUACACUCCAGGUACCUGGGAUCCCAGUUCAUGGGGCAUGCCACCGCACAGGAUUUACUGCAACAAGUGAAAGAGAGUGUGGACCAACUUGACAUCAACAAGCUCUCAACUUCUUCAGCUGAUCAUGCUGAACACUGUGGCGAUGUGGGGAGCUGUGGGCUACGUACUUUACAUAAUGCCUUCAAGACCGGCUUCUCCAUGUGGCAGGUGGACAAGCUGUUAGAAGCAAUGCACACACUCUUCCUGAAUGUUCCAGUGAGGAGGGAAGAUUACAUUACUGUCACAAAAUCCACAGUGUUCCCUCUGUCAUUCUGUGGCCAUCGAAGGCUGGAGAAACUGCCCACGGUAGAGAGGGCUCUGGUGGUCUGGCCAUCACUUCUGCUGUACAUGGAUGCUGUGAAAAGAAAGGAGCUGCCAAAUCCUGGAACAGCGUCUUUUGGUAGAAUAGAAGCAGCCCAGAAGGAUCCACUUAUCUUACCCAAGCUGCACCUUCAAUCCCCUUUUGAAGAAGUACCAGACAGACGAGCCAGUGAUGCCUUUCCUUGGCAAAGACUUCGCAGAAUUGAUCAAGGCCACUUCCUGUCACUUCCGGUAUGGUCUGUGUUACGCGGUGCGGACUUGUCGCAGCGGCUCUCCCGGCGGCAGCAGCAGCAGCAGUUCUGCUCCGGCGGACCAACAGACGGACCGACACCGGACACACGGACGGUCCCUGCCGCCCACCAGCGGACCUGAUUGAAGACUGCAGGUGAGACGAAGACGUUCCUGCCAGGAAUGAUGAUGUCGGAGACUUUGGAGCAGAGUGAUGAUGUCGGCGUCCUGCCUCCACAUGAGGUGGAGCCCCACAGGGAGGAGGACGGACACUGCCCCCUGCCCUUCAGGCUGCAGCUGAUCGACGACCUGUCCUACGAAGACGUGAAGAAGUGUUACAGAGGAUCAACCGUCAGCAAGUACAACUCUCAGUACCACAAACUGUUCCAGACGGUUCCGAAGGAGGAGAUUCUGAUGAAAGUGUAUUCGUGUGCGUUGCUGAGAGACAUCCUGCUGCAGGGUCGACUCUACAUCUCCAGGAACUGGUUGUGUUUCUAUGCAAACCUGUUUGGUAAAGACAUCAAGGUCUGUAUUCCGGUGGUGUCAGUUCGGCUGGUGAAGAAACACAAGACGGCCGGCCUGGUGCCAAACGGCCUGGCCAUCACCAUGGAUACUGGACAGAAGUACGUGUUCGUCUCCCUGCUGUCCAGAGACAGCGUCUACGACGUCCUCAGGAGGAUCUGCACUCACCUGCAGGUGAACGGGAAGAGUCUGAGUCUGAAGCAGUACCUGGAGGAGCCCAGCUCGCUGUCCAUGGACGAGUUCCCGGAGGUGCUGAAGUGGAGGAGGAAGCCGUCGCUCCCCGCCGUCUCCUCGUCCCUCCCAGACCUGCUGGGAAGCUCCGCCCCCAGCCUCGCCGCUGACACGCCCUUCAGCACGCACACGCUCACCGACAGCAGUUUGGAAACAGAGAAGAUCCUGCUGACAGAACCGGUCCCUGAACUGGGUCAGAUGGAGUACCAGCUGCUGAAACUCUUCAUCCUGCUCGUCUUCCUGUUGGUCCUGUCGUCCUGCUAUCUGGCCUUCAGAGUCUGUCGCCUGGAGCAGCAGCUGAGCUUCCUGAGCAGCCAGCCGACACUGAGAGAGAGGUGUGGAGAGGUGCCCUGCUGGCUGGCCAAUCAGAGGACAGGAACCUGACGCUGAAGCCAAUCAGGGAGCGAGGAAGAAACCUGCACUUAUAUAGACUUCCCAAUAGGGGGCGGCGGUGAGAGGAGAUGGCUCCCAGGAGCAGACGGACGACCUCAGCAGGCGCUGAACUCUGACCCCGCCGCGACCCGGUUACCAUAGAGCUAGCCAACAGAACCAGUAGAACCGGCAACCAUUGACCUCUGAGGACGGUUUGUUAGAUCGGACACACAGAGGUCACGUAGAGGUCAGGAGGUGUGUGUGUGUGUGUGUGUGUGUGUGUGUGUGUGUGUGUGUGUGUGUGUGUGUACAUACUCGUACUAACACAAACUGACUGUUAACGUUCAGGUUCAACAUGUUUUUCAUUCAGACUGUCGGACGUGAUGCUGCUGGUUCCUGACCAGUUUUUCAUUAUUCUGAGUCGAAGAGACUGAAAAAGAAACUGAAACCCUCCGACCACACACACACACACAUGCACACACACACACACAUGCACACACACACACACACACACAUGCACACACACACACACACAUGCACACACACGCACA